AACUUUAAAAGAGUUUUUGUAUUUUAAAGAUACUUAUUAUGUUUAUUUAUUACCAUCUAACGAAAAGAAUAAUAAAGUACUUGCUGUUUUAAUUGUAUAAAAUAUUUACAAAAUGUGCUUAAGUUACAAACAUAUUCGAUUUUUAUUAAGAUGCCGUAAUUAAUACCUACUCUUAAACUGUCGAAUAUUCCUUACACCCGUGUUGAAGUCUGCCUCAGCGUGUGCACCAAUCACGUAGUAUCAGUAGUUUCUUCCGGAAAUCAUCCUGAAAAAGGGAUAAUGAUGAACAUGAUACCUUUGUAGGCUUUUUAAGUUACUUUGACUUCUAAUUUUACUGCAUAGAUAAAAAAAUCCACACGCCAGAAAUGUAUCAUACAAAAGUAUUGAAAGUGACCUUUAUCUCGGUGUUUCUGCUUACUCCAGUAUUUGGGGUAAAAUACUCGAGAAUUGACGAAGGAUAUCCAACCGGAUUAUUUUCAGACUGUCCUGGUUCAUCGAAGCCAGUUGUCAUCAAGCCAAAGACACUAAAGAAACUCUUCAUAUCAGUCGUAGGCGAAGGGCAUACAGGAUACACAGGUCAUUACAACUACUAUGGCAUGGACCAGUUAGCCAACAGUGCUGACAUCGACUUUAGCAAGAAGACGUGGAUGUACGUUGGGGGCUACUUGUCAACGAAUGCGUUGAAUUCUGGUCGGAAUCUGGGCUUUGACUAUAAGGCUAGAGGGUAUAACGCACUUUCGCUUGAUACGUUUCAGUUCACAACAACUUUUUACCCUCAAGCUGCACGUAUCGUACGAGCUGUUGGCAAGCAUGCAGCCGAAAUGCUAGUCAAAUUGACACGCCGCGGUCUCGACCCUAAAAAGCUCGAACUCACCGGCAUGAGUCUCGGAGCGCAAACCAUGGGCUUCAUUGCUAAAAACUACCGGCAGAUGACUGGGCAAAACAUUUCUUUACUCACUGCUUUGGAUGGAGCUGGACCUUGCUUCAGACAUCGAGGACCAGAUGAGAGAUUAGAUAAAUCUGACGCUGACUUCGUUGUGAGUGUUCUUACAACCAUGGAUAUAUCAAGCAUAUCUGUUCCUUACGCUCAUGUAACUUUCUAUGUAAACGGAGGGGCGUUUCAAGAAGGAGAUAUCCCGUGGCUACCCUGUGAUGCUUUAUGUAGUCAUAUAAGGGCAUACUUCGUCUGGUGGGCAUCAGUCGUUUAUCCUAAUGAUUUUAUAGCCGUGCGUUGUGAUACCGUGCAGCAGGCUAGAGAUGGGGACUGUUAUGAUUUGAAGCCUAUGGUGACUAACACGAUGGGAAUCCUUACUGAUAAGAGCAAACCGGGAAUUUAUUAUCUGCGUACAACCAAUAGGUGGCCUUAUGCGUUAGGAAGACGAGGGUUGAGAAAAACUUAAAUACUAUAAUUCAAAUCAGAGACUCAGUGGAGGAUGUAGAGAUUUCUGGACUAAUUAAGUAAAGAUAAGAAAUAUUCCUUAUUUAUUGUAGGUAUUCCAUCCCACGUUUAUCCAACCACCAAAGAGAAACUGAACAUUCACAUACAUACACA